AUGCCGCCGGAAUCUAGAAUCAACAAAGAUGUUGUAAGAUCUCAUUGUAUUUUUGUUGUGAAUUUUCGUUAUUUUUUGAGUUCCCUUUUUGUUUUUAUGAUUUAGCAUACCUCUAACUGGUUCAAAAUCAAAUUAAUUUUUAUUUCAGAUGGUUUCGUGGUUACGGAAAAAUCUGCUACUUGUUCUAACUGUGGGCUCUGUGGUCCUUGGAGCAAUCCUCGGAUUUGCUUUCAGAGGAUUAGAAUUAUCACCACAGGUAACUAUCCUUCACAAGCCCCUUUCAAAAAAAAUCAAAUUUUUUGUAGAAUAUUAUGUACAUCAGUUUCCCUGGAGAACUUUUAAUGCAUAUGUUGAAAAUGAUGAUUCUCCCACUCAUCAUGAGUUCGCUUAUCUCUGGUCUUGCUCAAUUAGACGCACGCCAAUCUGGAAAACUUGGAUCUCUAGCUGUUACCUAUUAUGUUUUCACAACAAUUGUUGCUGUAAUUGUGAGUUUAUAACAUCUUCCGAUUCAUUUUCAGAAUGUUUUUGUAGACUGGUAUUUUCUUGGUAUUGCUUAUCCACCCUGGAGACCCAACUAUCAAAAAAGAGAUUGGAACCGGAACCGAAGGAAAGACUGUGAGCACAGUUGACACACUUUUGGAUCUUUUGAGAAACAUGUUCCCUGAAAAUGUUGUUCAAGCAACUUUCCAACAAGUUCAAACUAAAUACAUCAAAAUUCGUCCCAAAGUUGUCAAAAAUAAUGAUUCUGCAACGUUAGCCGCUUUGAAUAAUGGAAGCUUGGAUUAUGUUAAAGCAUCAGUUGAAUAUACAAGUGGAAUGAAUGUUUUGGGUUAGUCAACGUUCAAAUUAUGUAUCUAACAGAUGAAAAAACAAAUAAUUACAGGAGUUAUUGUCUUCUGUAUCGCUAUUGGUAUCAGUUUAUCUCAACUUGGAGAAGAGGCUCAUGUUAUGGUGCAAUUUUUCGUGAUUAUGGAUAAAGUUAUUAUGAAGCUAGUAAUGACUGUUAUGUGGUAUUCACCAUUCGGAAUCUGUUGUUUGAUAAUGGGCAAAAUUUUGGAAAUUCACGAUUUGGCUGAUACCGCAAGAAUGUUGGCAAUGUAUAUGGUUACUGUUUUGUCAGGACUUGCAAUUCACUCGUUGAUCUCGCUCCCAUUGAUUUUCUUUGUUACCACAAAGAAAAAUCCAUAUACUUUCAUGAGAGGAUUAUUCCAAGCUUGGAUUACUGCUUUGGGAACUGCUUCGAGUUCUGCAACCUUGCCAAUCACUUUCAAUUGUCUUGAGGAAAAUCUUGGAGUUGAUCGACGUGUUACUAGAUUUGUACUUCCUGUUGGUGCUACUAUUAAUAUGGAUGGAACUGCUCUUUAUGAAGCUGUUGCUGCAAUUUUCAUCGCUCAGAUUAACGGAGUUCAUUUGUCGUUUGGUCAAGUCGUUACUGUCAGGUAAACAACUUAAAGGGACAAAACGUCUUUGAAAGUUAGUAAUAAUUGUUCAUCUAAGAAAACAAGAUCCUAGACAUUAAAAUUUCCAAUCUCAUUAAUAAUACAAAAAAAACGUCACAAUUCAAUUUAAGAAAAGAAAAAAAUCAAGCCACCUAGGGGACUCGAACCCCUGACCUUAAGAUUAAAAGUCUCACGCUCUACCAACUGAGCUAAGGAGGCCCACAAAGAGUCUUAUCGCAAAUGUCAAGAAACAAAUGGAGUUUUUUAAGAGAAAAAUCUGGUUUGCAUCAAAAAAUUUUUAAAUGUUUCAAACAAAUUAAGAAAUCCAAAGUUUAAUCAGCCAAUACUAUUUUGUUCUAAAAAAUUGUCAACAUUCAAAUUCAAUAAGCAACCUCAUCUCUAAACCAAGUAUUUUUCAGUUUAACCGCAACAUUGGCCUCAAUUGGAGCUGCUUCAGUUCCAUCAGCUGGAUUGGUCACCAUGCUUCUCGUUUUGACUGCAGUCGGACUUCCAGUCAAAGAUGUUUCCUUGAUCGUAGCUGUUGAUUGGCUUCUUGACAGAAUCCGUACUUCAAUCAAUGUUCUUGGUGAUGCCAUGGGUGCUGGAAUCGUUUAUCAUUAUUCGAAAGCUGAUCUUGAUGCACACGAUCGUCUUGCUGCCACUACCAGAUCUCAUUCUAUUGGUUUGUUUGAUUUUUAUGUUAUAAAAAAUGUUUUUUUGUUGCAGCUAACAAUGACGAGAGACGUCCAUUGGCUGUCUACAGUAGUUUGCCAACCGACGAUGAAAAACAACGAAACCAUUAG